GGCUUAGCGUAAGCCUGAUUAAGUGUUGUAGCAGGUAGGUACAAGAUGUUAGUGCAUUGGCGGGUGGAAACAAUUGCAUGGACAUAGACCGACUUCUGUACCGCUUCCAGAGAAAAUGGUGGCCACUGUGCACGCCUUGCUCACCUCAAGACAACAUGUUCAACCUGAUGAGCAACUGCUGCACCUGGUUCUCCAAAAUCCAGGAGCCAAUAAGGCGAAUGACUGUUCUUGUGGUGGGUCUUGACAAAGCAGGAAAGACGUCCUCCAUCCGGGGCAUGUUAAGAGUCCCCCACGCUGUGGAAGGAGGCCCGACCCAAGGCUGCGUGAGGAGUGAGCUGAGGGUGGAGAACUACCUGGUCACCCUGCUGGAUGUGGGGGGCUCAGUAGAGUCACAAGGGGCCUGGAGGGAGUAUUACGGAGAGGCACACGGCAUCAUCUUCGUUGUGGACUCCAGCGACCGGCCAAGGAUAAAGGAAGUCAAGGAGGUCCUGGCUGACCUGCUCAAGGAGCCCAGAGUAGCAGGAAAACCCAUCCUGGUCUUGGCAAACAAACAAGACAAAAUGAAUGCCCUGCUGGGAAGUGAGCUGAUCGAGAUGCUCUCCUUGGAGAAGCUAGUCAACCAGAGUCGCUCCGUGUGCCAUAUCGAGCCUUGUUCAGCCUUAAUGGACCUACGGCGCUGGUCGGACAGGAAGUCGUUACGAGGACUUCGCUGGCUGCUGCGAGCGGUCUGUCUGGAUUACCCGGGGCUGUGCACCCGCGUGGCCCAGGACAGCAAGAGGCCUCUCGAGCCCAGAGAGACAAACGGGAAGGCAGCGAAGGCGAGAAAAGGAAACAAGAGCGAACGCACAAGAACCAGCAAGUCAGACCUCCGGCAGGUUCACAGGCCAAAGAACAAGGAAAGGAAAAUGACGAAUGUGGAAGGAAAGUUGCAACCCAUUCAGAACAUCAUGCAAAAGGAGGAGACAGUACAAAAGAAGCUGAAGGAAUCCACCAGGAGGAAAAAAAGGCUGAUCAAGGCCAACAAAGACAAACAAAAUGAAGAAGUUGUGAGCGAGAAGGAGGAAGAUGAGACAAGUAAAGGGGAGACUGAGAAUGCUGGCCAUCAAGAGAAACCCAGUGGCACACUCAUCCCCACCAGUAAGGGAAGACACAAACAGAAGGGCAACGUGAAAGAGGAGACCCCGAAUGCGCCUGAAUCAACACUCAAUGACGAGAAGCCCCUCAGAGCCAAUGGGCAAAAGAGGAAAAUGAAGAAAGGUGUGAAAGUUAAAAGAAGGAACAAAAUCAACAUCGAAGGAACAUCUGGAGCUUCCGCUCAACCCAUUGACCUCUCCGCCACAUUUGAUCUUUACCGAAAAGCCAUAUUGGCUCUUAAGGAGCGUCAAGAUCAGGGAAAAUGAGCAACCCCCACCCUCCCACUCCUCCCCCCAAAAA